AUGAAAGAACAGCUGAACGGACUCUUUGCGGCCGGCGGCGGCGACGGCCCCGAAGCUAUGACGGCCGCCCUCAAAGCGGCUUCGGACCUCGACUGGCGCCCCGAUGCGGCCAAGAUGGCGAUUCUGAUCACGGAUGCGCCGCCGCACGGCAUUGGCGAGUACGGUGAUGGCUUCCCGAAUGGCUCGCCGGACGGCGAGGAUCCCUUGGUGCUCGCGCGCAGCAUGUCAGCACGCGGCAUCUCCCUCUUUGUGGUCGCGUGCGAGCCAGCGCUCUCCGGAUACCAGCAUGCCGUCGAUUUUUACCACGGUCUUGUGACGAUCACCAGCGGUAUGCUGGUGCCGCUCACGACUGCCUCACUGCUCAGUCACGUUGUAGUGGCCGCGGCAGGCGAGGUCAUGGACCUCGAGCGCCUGCACCGCGAGCUGGGUGACUCGGUGCUCGAGCGCAUGCGCAGCCUGAGCCUCGACAUGCAAAGCGCCGGGGACGCACCGGUCGCGGACGCCACGUCGCUGUUAGUCGACCAGGUGUCAGUGGAACUGCACGAAAGGCUCCUUCUGCGCAACGAGAGCACCAAGCAGCUGAUCGUGGAAAACAUUUACCGCGAAAGCGAAGAAUCCGCGCACAAUAUCCGCGUGUGGACGCACGCCCCGAAUGUGAUGGCGGCGCGGCCGCACAUCCGCAAAGUCAUCGGAUCGCGCCUGAGCCCAAAGUUCCUGGAGAUGCGGCGCGCUGGGUUGUCGAGCGCCCCGCGCACUCUCGCGCCGGGCCCCGCGCCAGCCCCUGCCGUCUCAGCGCCGUCUCGGCAUGUUGUCUCGCACUUCGACGCGUUCCAGGCAGGCCCUGGAAUCUCGUUCCUUGGCACGCAGCAUGCCACAACCGACUAUGCGAGCUUAAGUACACAACGGUACCGCACAGCCGGCGCCGAGGACGACAUGGACGACGAUGGCGAUGACGCGCUCAUGCCGACUGAUGGCUUGGGUGAUGCCAACGAGCAGGACAAUGAAAUUCGCUUUGAGGGCGACGAUGGACAGACGCUUGCGCUGCGCCAAGACGCCAUCUCGCUGUCACAGACGCGGCGCUUGGCGCUGCAGUCGCUGUGGCGCGCAUCGUGA